GUAUGGGUAUAUACAAACACGUCUCACGCCUGAAAAAGAACAAAACACAUUUGUUUCUAACAUUACAAAUUGUCCCUCCCUCUCUGUGUCCUGUUGGAACCAUAUUCAUGAUGUCGAGAUCAAACACAGUCCUGUGUUACUCUCUGGCCGCACUGCUGGUCCUAACACUGGCGGGCUCGGUCAGAAACGGUCAGCUCCUGGGAGAUGGUGAAGAUAAUCUUCCGGCGAUGGAGACGAAGGGAAGAAGAAGCUGUGAGGUUUGGAGAGGGAAGCAAAUGAUGGAGAGGCCAUGUGAGGAGAUAUAUAUGGUUGAGGAAGGGGAGACGCUUCAUAGCAUCAGCGACAAGUGCGGCGACCCCUUUAUCGUGGAGCGUAACCCGCAUAUCCAUGACCCGGAUGAUUUCUUCCCGGGUCUCCUCAUCAAAAUUCAAAUCAACCUUCCUACUUCAUAACAAAUUAAAAAUAUGUUGUCGUUUUCUGUACAUUAUGCUUACAUAUUUUCUCCCUUAAUUUAUUCUUCUUUGUUU